AUGGUUUUAAAAAACAAUGUAGAAAAAUCCUUAAAAGACUUGGAAACGAGAAUUAAGGAAUUAGAGCAAAGUAACGAAGGGUUACGUUCACAAGUCAAAUAUUUAGAAGAAAAGAUUGGAAAGCGAGAAGAAGAAACAAAGGCCAAUAUUAAAAAUUUGGAAGAAAAAGUUAGAGAACUAGAAGAAUUGUCCAAAGAAAAGCAAAAAUUGGAAUCGAUUAAAGAAUAUAUUUCUAUCUUGUAA